AUGGCUUUUCCUAACGGUGAGGCAGCCAACUUUAAGAUGAUCGCGGAAUUGAUACCAAGGUACGAUGGCAAUACAAAGAGAUUAAACCAUUAUAUCAGAGAAAUUGAAAAUAUUCUUAAUCUUUUGGACGAUACUGCUAGGGUACAUCCGGCAAUUAUAUGUCUCAUAAAGAGUAGAUUAAGCGGUACCGCGAUUGAUGCGAUAGCAUACCAAGAAACUCUUAAUUCUUGGGAAACUAUUAAAGAUGCGCUCGUACGUAGAUUAAGGGAACCUAGGAAUGAAAUCCAGGUUAUGCAAGAGCUUAGUAGGGUGCGGCGUAACAGAAACGAGGACGCCGAGACACUUGGUAAGCGACUUCGAGAAAUACUAGAUACACUAUUUUCUGUAGGCACACAUACCAAUAAAUCGUACUACGAAAACAUGGUAAUAGAACAAUACACGAGUAAUUUAGAUUUCCAAGUUUCUAUAGCGGUGCGAAUAGCACAACCCACCACAUUAGAAUCAGCCAUAGUAAUAGCGAGACAAGAGGAAGCGAAACUUUCCUUUAAUAAGACAUUCAAUAAUAAUAAUUAUAGUGCACCAUCAACAUCGGCUCAGGCAAAGUUUAGAGAACCAAUACGGGCUAUAAAUCGGCCUCAAAAUUCCCUACCGCUUAGGUUUGGUAACUCAGGCCCCAUGCAAAACCAGACGAGUAAUAAAGCUCCAGUUCUGCGACAAAAUAAUUUGACUCCAGAACAGAGGCAGCAGUGGGUGCAAUCCAUGUUGCCAUGGAAGAACCGCCCAUCAUCAUGUAACUUCAGGGCAUCUUCAGGAAAUUUUAGGAAUAAUAUACCCCAGCUACAAGCUCCUGCACAGAAGGUUUCAGACGUCACAAUGAGAUCCGUCUCUAAGCCUCAAAAACCACAGUUUGCAGCUGAGGAGCUAUUCUACACAGGCCUACCUGGACAACCAUACGAACAACAAUAUGGCGAGGACGACACGGACUACGUGCAUCAACAAGGUCAGUAUGCAUACUGUAGUGACAACUACAACCAACAGGUAUACGAACCUCCAAUGGACGACGGUGAGGUUCAGCAGGAUUUUUACCAAGGUCCGGUGCCCUCAGACCAAAGUUAG